AUUCGCUUCCCUUCCCUCGGGCUGUUUCACGUGAUAGGAUGAAAUAUUCUCAUUGGUUGUACUAUUAUGUGAUGAUUUUUUUUCAUGUUUUUUGGCAACACCCAGUAUAGAUUCGUGUAUGCAUUUCAUACGUACAUUUCUGUUACCCACUUAGUGGAGAGUGUGGUUAGCGUUACUCGCUUUAUGUUUAGUCGUUAAGUUUUAAAAUAUUUUUUGUUUAAGUUUACUUUUAGCUUUACAAGCUUAAAUAAAUUAUCGAUAUGGAUACUUCACUGAAAAGGAAACAUGCUGAAAUAGAAACCGUGACAAAGAGAAAAGGACAAUUCCAAGAGGGAGCUUAUCCUCAACAUUACUAUCCGAUUGGUGACAACUUCUUUGUUCUAUCGAGUACCUUCAAGGAAAAGACAGCGAUUCAUGUUAGAAAGUUUAACCGUUACGGAAGUUUAACCGUUACGGAGUGGGGCUCACUCUUACGCCGAAACAAUUCACUGUAUGUUUCAAGCAUGGCCCUCCCACCUCCAUUUUCGACAUCGUGGAGAUCAAUCUUGCUCUUGAGAAUGUCAAUGAAUAUGACAAGAGAGAGUUUUAUUUGCUCAUGGCAGACGACGGCAAGUACACGCUCACCCAUGAGCACAAGUGCAGAAGCGGGCGCGUCUACAAGUUUCCGUUAGACAUUAGUUUUGCUCAGUGGAACGCCAUUAGAAAAGUCCAAGAUGACGUCAUCUCUAGCUACAUUGCCCUUAAGUUCAAGUCCAGGAGUGUCUUGGGAACUUUCCGCACUGUGUCAAAAAGGAGCCUCCCAGUUGAGAAGCCUGUGAAUGCCCGCUAUGAAGAAGCCGAAAAAGACAUGAAUGUGUGUCUCACCAUCGUCUUAUAUAAAUAUAUAGGACAGAAGAUAGGAAUUCGCCCGCCCGUCAGGAUUGUUGACGAAGAAGUUGAGAUCUGCGACUUAGUGUCCGUCAGAGACUUUAACGAAUCUUGCAUGUACAUGAAUGUCACGGGAUUAGUUAGGGACUUCGAGAAAGAGCUUAGUGACAGCAUGCUGUUCCCUGAACGGGAACCAUUAAUAAACUUUUUAAACGAACAAUAUUUAAAAAAUAUUAAAUUAGAUGAUUGCAUAAAUGC